UUGGUUUGAUUGACAGAAAAACAAACAAACGUCAAAAGUACCGCAAAAGUUCGAUCUUCGAAUGAUUUCUCUUACUCAAUUCUCUAUUUAUUUGGAGAAAAAUAAAAACAAUAUAAUUAAUUCAAAAGUAACAAAUACCUUUUAUUAAAAUAUUUGAGGUCAUUGUAAUGGAAUCCAAAAAAGGAGUCAAGAGAAAAAGAAACACUGAUCUGAAAUCUAAAAUUACAAUAGAUAACACUGCACCUCUGCCAGACCUUAUCCAUGAUCUUUACCACCGAGAAACCACCUUCAGCAAGCCCUACAGACUAUACCACCAGCUGCUGGCCCAGCGGAGGUAUAAAGGAAUCAGAUCAGCAAGAGAUAGGUACUUAUUCCAUUUUGCCCUCCCUGGCCACCCACUUAACGCAUUCACGGACAACUAUGAUGGAGAAAUCAAUUAUACCUACUUUGAAAAGUUUGCGUACAAAAGUUUAUUGCCGAAAUAUAUCACAAAAAUCAACCAUCAGCACAAAGAUGAUCCCGUAUCAGAAUUACUAAGACUUAAAUAUGAAUGGAAGUAUAAAAUUCACAGACAGAAAAAUUUGUGUCUUGGUGUUGCGGCAGAAAAGACAAAAAUUGAGCAGUUAAAUGAUGAAGUUAUGCGGUUACCACAACACCUGGUAGAUCUAGCGGCUCUUGUGGACAGCGAUCCCGACGAGAGGUUUACAGCAUCAUACAACUGGUAUUAUGGUGGGAAAGGCAAUCUGCAACUUGUAUGUGUGCAUUGGGUAGACUAUUUAGUGCACAGUGAAUUCACUUGUGUUUCAUUAUCAAGAUUCCACAAAGACAGUUUGACCAUUGAUCACGACGAUACUAUAUAUUUCGAUUGCGAGCACAAUAUUUUGGAAACGGUGUGUUCUUCAGACAACAUUAUAGUGUUACGGACAGUCAACAAAAUAUUUAUACUGAAAAUUAUAGAAAAUGAUGCAAAACUGCAGCUGGUGAAAUUAAAAUCUUUCGAGUCUGAACUACCAUUCACUAGUAUAGCAUUUGAUAUUGUUCAUAAAAAUAUAUUGUAUGUUACCGAUUUAAAUUGUAAGUUAAUUAUAGUGAAUAUAGACAGGAUGACUGGAAGAUCGGUACAACUGAAAAGAAAUAAAGACUCCAUAGUUAAUAAUUGGAAUACAGUGAUUGGAGCUUCUCGGGGUGUUUAUAUGCAUGUGGAUAGAAAGGCUAUCACAGGAUAUGACAAACGAACUCAUUCAGCGAUAAACACUUGGAAUGGAGUAUCGGGUAUAGUAGAUGAAUUGGAUUGCAAUGCAUUGUCAUCAGCGUUCCAAGUUGAGGGCUCCCCUAAUUUCUACUUCACAUCUGAACAUCAUUUAUUCCUCAUGGAUUCACGGUGUAGUAAAAAGAACAAGUUGAAAGUUGUUCAACGGUGGACGCAUGGCAUGCAAUGCGUGCCAACAUACAUUUCAGUGCGUAAAGCCGAAUUGAAUAAGGAGUUAAUAAUUUUGAGUAGUCAAUGGUGUGAAGACAUGUGUGUUGUUAGUAAUUAUGCUGAUAGACUUACCAGGUUGACAGAUAUUGAUGGAGUUUCCAUGCCUUACCGUCCGCCAAGCGUUUUCAAUACUUUAUAUGAAGCGAGAACGAAGCUUCUCUGCAUGGAUAUGAAUAAUCCUAUAGAUCCCAGACUAGUAUACUCGAUUACUGGUAAAGUGGAAGUAGACAUUGGCAGUAAAUAUGCUAUUUUGAUGCAAAACUCGGUAGGUGACAUUUCUUCGCAUAUGCUCUAUCCUUUGUACUUGGACGAUCUUAUGGAAAACGAUGCGGUAAACAGGUUAGACGAAUGGGCAAAAACGUACAAAGCUAAGAAGAAACCGUUUGAAGUGACUGGAGUUUACGAUUUUAGUAGUGUUUGGAAGGAGCUAAGAAGAAUGCCGGAUGUGUUUGACGGCAUCAAGUCUGAGAUAGAUACAUCUAAACCAAUGCCUGAUGAAAAUGAAAUAAUUGACGUUUUUAAGAAUGAGGAAGUAAUGCCUGAGUUAUUAGACGCUUGGGAUGCUAUCAGUGAAAAUAAUAACUCCGAACAAACGCACAUAGAUUUAAGUAUAAACAUGUACACUGAAGAUGAAUAAAUAAAACUAAAUUUAUUUAUUAAACGACUAUAUUUCCUAUCUAUAAUGACUGAGUUUACAAACAUAUCCGCAUACACGCUAAGCAGUCAUGCCAACAUUUAUACAUAAAAUUAAUUUACCAACAUAACAAAUGCUUCUUAAUGCGAUAUUAAACUUUCCUCUUCAGGUACUAAGGACUUUACGAGGAAAUGUUUAUAAUUGCAUUUUGUAUAACAGAACGUUGGGUCGCCAACCGAAAACAAUAAGUACUUACAUGCUUAUAAUUAUAUUAUAAACAAAAAAAAAGGAAGAAA